AUGACCACCGAGGAUCACGCUGAUGAGAAGUCGGUCGACAAGCACAAUUGGGGAAGCGAAGAGCUAUCAAAGAAAAUGAGCGACGAUGAGAGCGAUUUCGACGAGCAUUAUAUUCCGGAGGUGUCCGAUGUUCAGGAGGAAAAAGAUGAUUUGAAAAUGAACACGGAUGCGUUGGGAAAAAUUUUCAAUUCGUCGGCACCAGUUAGACCAAAGAUCAACAUCAAAAAGGAGGACCUUCAAAUGAUAAUGACCGAAUUGGAGUUGCCCGAGGCCACCGUACGGAACGCGCUUCUCGAAACCGAAGGCGAUGCCCGCAAAGCUCUCCGCUUGUUAAUCGGAAUUAAUAAUUAG